GAGGAGGAGGAGGGCGGGGGAGGUGGAGCCGCUUUAUCGAGAGCCCAAGUGGAAAUUUCCCCCUUCAGUUGCCGGCUCCAGCCGCGGAGGAGAGGCCAGCCUAGCCCAGAGCCGCCCGCUUCAUCUCCGACCCGCCAUGUCCAACUACAUCCACGUCCCGCCCGGCUCCCCCGAGGUGCCCAAGCUGGACAUCACCGUCAGCGAGCAGGAGGGGCCCGGCUGCCGCCAAGGCGCCCUGCAGCUCCUGCGCCGCCUGCGGCCCCACUGGAGACCCGAGGAGGUGACGCUGCAGCUGUUCACUGAUGGAAUCACCAAUAAACUGAUCGGCUGCUACGUGGGUGACAUAACAGACGAUGUGGUUCUAGUCAGGAUCUAUGGAAAUAAGACGGAGCUUUUAGUAGAUCGAGAUGAGGAAGUGAAGAGUUUCCGUGUGCUGCAGGCUCACGGCUGUGCACCUCAACUCUACUGUACUUUCAAUAAUGGCCUGUGCUACGAGUUCAUGCAGGGAGAAGCACUGGAUCCAGAGCAUGUAUGCAAUCCAGAUAUUUUCAGACUCAUUGCCAGACAGCUUGCUAAAAUCCAUACUAUUCAUGCACACAAUGGAUGGAUCCCUAAAUCUAAUCUGUGGCUGAAGAUGGGGAAAUACUUCUCUCUCAUACCCACAGAAUUUACAGAUGAGGAAGUAAAUAAAAGGUUUUUAAGUGACAUUCCAAGUCCUCAAGUUCUUCAAGAAGAGAUGGCCUGGAUGAAGGAAAGACUGUCAAAUUUAGGAUCACCAGUGGUACUCUGUCACAAUGACCUGUUGUGUAAGAAUAUUAUUUACAACAAGAAACGAGGUGAUGUGCAGUUCAUAGACUAUGAGUACUCUGGGUACAACUACCUGGCUUAUGACAUUGGAAAUCACUUCAAUGAAUUUGCAGGAGUAAAUGAGGUAGACUACAGCCUUUAUCCUAACAGAAAAUUACAGGAACAAUGGCUGAGAUCUUACCUUGAGGCCUACAAAGAAUAUAAAGGAUUUGGCACAGAAGUCAGUGAAAAAGAAGUUGAAGUUCUAUAUGUCCAAGUCAAUCAGUUUGCACUGGCUUCCCACUUCUUUUGGGGAUUGUGGGCUCUAAUUCAAGCCAAAUAUUCCACCAUUGACUUUGAUUUUCUAGGGUAUGCAAUUGUACGGUUUAACCAGUAUUUCAAAAUGAAGCUGGAGGUCAUGACGUUAACUCUUCCUGAGUAAUGAAGAGGAAGAAACUUGCCAAGUGGAUAAGACAACCCCUGAAUCUUUUCUGAGAACAGAUACUGGAAAAAAAGCUAAACAUUUGUUGAAGUUCUGUAAUGCUCACUUGGUGGUUCUUGCUUUAUAAAUAAUGCCUCUAAACAGUCCUUCAAUGUUAAAUUUAAUAUGAAGAGCAUACAUACUGCUGUUGAUAUAAAACGGAUUAGAAACUUGCUAAAUCUAUAAAAAGUUGUAGAAAUGGCAAUUUAAUCCUUCUUUGUAAUUUAACAUAUGUUGUAUGUGAAUUAUUUAUUAUAAGUUUAACAUGAUUCCAUUGCUGCUUUCAUCAGUUCUUGUAAAAGUUGGGUGCAGACAGUGAAGUUGUUCCAAAGGAUUUGUUUAACAACUUAUUUUAUUGAAGUUGCAUUAACUUAUAUUAAAGAAAACAUGAUCAGAGAAUAUUUUAGAUGUGUACAAGCAAAAUCUGAGUGAUAAUAGACUCGUAAGAUCACCAGUGUGUUGUAACUAGGGAAAAAGGUUAUGAUGAUCUUCAUUUUUUUUUUUCCCCCCCCUUUUUUUUAAGAAAGAGAAAGGUAGCUUUCUAUAUGAUGGUACUUUUAUUUUGUGUGAGAGCCAGACAGCUUGCUGAAAUGAUAAAUAACAUUUUGAUUUUUUUUCUCCUUAAUGUGUUAAGCUGUAGAAAUGUGAAAGUUCUGUGAAGACCAGAUUCUUUGAGGAUAUAUACCAUCAUACCAUUAGAUGGACAAUGCGCCAUCUCUAACUUCUGUGGGAAAGCUGCUUGUUUAUUUAGUGUGCUUUUAAAGCAAAAGACCACUAUUCCAAAUCUAUAUUCCUUUUUGAAACUUGAGUCUAAAUUUGAACACUAUUCUGGUCUCUGUGUUUGAUGUGCUUCAGUGGUAUCUAGCAGACUGGACUAUGGAACUGAAGACUGGUGAACAGAGAUCCUGUUGCACUGGGGAGCAAGACAUUUAGGUUUACAGUUCAUGUGUUGUUGACAUUUUUCUGCUUUGUCAUCUUCUAACCUUGGAUUCUAGUCUUAAAUGCUUGGUCUGGUAGUUGCAAACUCUGGUUAUGUCUUUUUUUUUUUUUGCUUUUGUUUUUCUGUGGCAGCAAAUUACUUUUCAAAGUCUCCAGUUUGAAGGGUAACAUGGAAAAGUAGAUGACUUGAACAAUGGGGCUUUGAUCAUCACACACAUUUUCUUGUUUCUCAAGGCUAUUAUACCGAGAAUGGUCUGGAUUACAAAAUGUGAAUUGAAAAGAAAAUGUUUACUUAAUCAAUGUAUAAAUCUGAGUGGAAAAGAGGCUUUAAAUCUGAAAGGGGGUGAGGGGGGCAGGAGGGGAAGAAACCCACAAGAGAAGAAUCAAACCCAAGGAUGCAGUGUGGGGUUGGGCAGGAGUGUACUCAGCUCUGAUCAUACUCUGAAAAACUUUGCACUUUGGUCACAUAAGUGCCCACAUGUACAAAGUCUGUGUGUGUGCAUAUACACGUGCAAACACAACCUUACCUGAAGAGUAAAUAUUAUGGGGAGUCUGUUGUACAGACUCCAGCAAAGAUAUUUAUUCAAAAUUGCUUUAUGGCACACUGUUGUGUGUGUAUGUGUAUAUAUACACUCACACAUAUAUACAUACGUGCUUUACAAAAGCUUGGAUUGAUUCAGGACAAAGAAAAUUGAUGUGAAUGAAAAAUUUUCACCUUAAAAGACCAUUUUGAAUGGCAUUCUGUUAUUUUACAAAAGCAAGGUUUGGGAUUUUUUUCCUCUUGUUUAUAUUAAUCUGUUUCUUUUUUAUUAUUUCUGUCAAUACUUUAAAAGUCCUAAUACAAAUGGGAGAACUGAUUUUUUUUUUGUAACUUGAAAUUAGAUAACCAUUUUCACUAGCGUUUGUUAGCUGGAGGCUACUAUUCUGGACAAAUUUUCUUGGUAGUUAAAUAGAAACAAAUAGCUAAAAUAGACAUUUAUAUUUCCCUUUGUAGCAGUUUUCAAGGAUGUUGCUAGAGCUCAUGAAAGCACUGAAGACUUUUAAUUUUCUGUACUUUCUCCCUGUUGAUUUUAUUGACAUAUGUUGAAUAAUACCCUGCUGUCUUGGUAGUCCCUUUAAGUUCAGUAAGAUCUGCUUGGAAGUAAGAUUGAUAAGGAUUUUUGAACUCUAAUUACUAUUUUCUUCAAGUGAUGGCUUUAUUUCUGGCAGUGUCGCUUGCUAUUUGUGAAAUAUUUGAGAAAGGCUGUGAAGUUCACUUGGUUCAACACUUGACAGAUCCUAACUUUCCCAACAGUUGGCAAAACACAUUCCCUUUUCAGGUACCAGUACUAUUUAAGUUUGGAGUUAGUGUAAUUUUUUUCAGUAGUAUUUCUUGUUUUCUAGCUCGAGUAGCAAUAACUGUAGGAGCGGCAGCUUGCUUCUGCAGAACCAAAGCUCUUCACGAGUGCAGCUCCAUCUCAUUCUGGUGGAGUGAAGCUCCACCAACUCCCAUAAAAGCACUUUUGAAGCAGACAGUGAAUACUGCGAGCUUUUCCUGAGCCACUUUGAAGAAGCACAAGGAUUAUGGCAGGUUCCAAGGGUUGACUUCGCAGUACUGGUAGGGCCUUUCAUUUUGUGUGUCGAAAUUUCAUUUUACACACUUUCAAUGCUGCUUUGCAUCAGCUUUCUUUCAAGACAAGUGCAGGUUAAAACAAUUCCUGGUAAGUUCAGAGGAAAUACUGUAGAACUUUUUUUUUUUUCUGAAAUGAAAUGCCAGUUACCUUGAGCCUUGUUCCACAUCCGUGUGAGCCAGUAGUGCUUGCUAGGGAGCAUCUACAGACGUGUGAAGUUUGAAGCCGUAGCUUGCAGUAGCAUUGCAGAUUAUAAGGUAGCUUGAAACUGUGAAUACAGGACAUCCUGAAUGUAAAUCAGGUACUAGAGCAGCAAGCCAGACAACGUGUGCUUGUUUCAAUUAAUUUAUCUCAGUCUCUUUAAAAGUAGCAAAGUGAAGAUAUUUGAAGGAGGACAACAAAAAAAUGACUGAGCUCUAGAAACAUCCUGUAGUAGUUUUGACUGUGACUUGCCAAGAAGAUACUCUGUUGCCUUUAUGUUAAGCUAAGGGCAUGAAUGCCAAAAUUAAUAAUUCUUACUGUAGUUAAACCUAUAUUGUAAAUAUAAAGAGGAUUAUUAGUAGUGGCAUUCUUGCACAAAUAGCAUCAAGUCAAUAGACCAUAGUGGCCUGGUUGCUUUUGUAAAGCAGAAUAGUGUGAAUUUUUUUCUUCUCAUUUCUGCAGUCAGAUCUGGCUAAUCCAUUCCUAAUUUCUUAGGUCACCUAAGCGUUAAAGAUUUCUGAGUGAUAACUAGUCUUUUCUCACCCGAUUUUUAAAUUCCUUCAUUUACACUUCUUGUUUUGCAUUUUAGAAGGACUUACCGCAUUUGCAUUAACCAGGUCUGACUGUGUGUGUAUAUACAACAGUGUAAAUAACCAUUUGUAAAUUAGUGUGAAUUGUACUGUAUCUUGCAUUUAUGGACUUGUGUAUUGCAUUGUAUUCUCUCCUAUUUUGUAGAAAUUUUGAUGUAAAGAAGAAAUCUAACUCUGUGUGCGGACUUCUUUUGUUAACUUGGCCUGUAAGAGCAUAAUAGUUUUAUGUUAAGGUAUCCAUUUAUAGCCUUGGGCAUCCAGUGUCUCUUUCUCCCAUUAGCUUUUUUUGACAUCUUGCUCUUGGGAAUGAUUCUGGGAAUAAAGGAAUUUAUACCAAGUA